UAUUACGGGACGUCAUUCGCUUGUUUACGCGUUUGCAUGUUGCCCAUGCGAAGAAGUGUGUUUGGCAGCAUUAAUAUCUUGACGGUGUAGUUCCUCUAACACUGAAUUACUCAGUUCCCUAGCAAAGAAAAGGCCAUGGAACAUUCUCCUGUUACUGUUACGCAUGAUCUAGAAGAGGAGAUGGACACCCAUCCGAUCCAGGAUGAGAACCAGCACAUGCGUAUGUUGCUCUUGCGGCUGGAGAGGAGGCUGAUGGAGCUGAGUCAGGAGAUGAGCAUCCAGGAGAAUCUCAACCAGCUCCUUAGACGACAAGAGCAGGAGCUGGAGGAGAGCCUGGAGGAGAGGGACAGCAGACUCACCGAGGCCCUGGAGACUAUCAACAGCCUGCAGAGCGAGAGGGAGAACCUACAGCAGCAGCUGCAAGCAAUGCAGGAAGAAACAGAGAUAGAGAACAGAAAGCAUCAGAAUGAAAGGCAGACAUGCCCCCAGUCACCCCAGCCAUGCACAGCCAACAGUGACGCUGAAGAAAAGGCUCACUGUUCUUGGGAGACCAGUUCCACAGCCACAGGAAGUGACAUUGAAAGGCCGCCACGUCCCGUCCAGCUCAGUAUGGCCUUGUUAUCAGUGAGGCUGGUGGACUGCAGAGCGAAGCUCGGACCAGAUGGAUGUGUUCACGUGGCACAGUAAAGGCAUUCGUUCGCAUGAACUGAUGGGAAUGCCAUUUUUUUUUUUUUUUUUUUUACUUGGAAGCAGUCUCCGUAAGCCAACCCUGAGAAAACACAGGAGACGCAAGGGUCAGAUUAAGGCUUUGAAAUAAACACUCUGUGGUGUCUCUUGAAGGCGAUCAUGUAAAUAUAAGUCUGCACUGUAAUGGUUGUACAUAAAAUGGCUAUUUUCAGAGGGAAAGUU